GAUAUAAUAACUCUCAAGGUUGUUUGUUAGUAGUUAUGGCGGAUACAGAAAAUCAAACUUCGGUUGUAACCGCAACGUCUGCGUCUAAUUCACCGCAGGUUUCGUCGUCUCCAAUAAAUAAAAAGGAAAAAAAAGCUAAAAAUCCUAGGACCAAACCAUCUCAUCCACCGACUUCGGAAAUGGUAAACAAUGCGAUCAAAGGUUUAAAGGAACGCGGAGGCUCAUCUUUACAAGCAAUUAAAAAGUACAUUGCUGCCAAUUACAAAGUUGAUGCAGAAAAAGUAGCGCCAUUCAUCAAAAAAUAUUUGAAAGCAUCUGUAGUAUCGGGAUCUUUGGUACAAACUAAAGGUAAAGGAGCUUCCGGAUCGUUCAAGUUAGCUUCGGCAACUUCGACUGGUGGUACUUCGGCUAAAACGAAUGCUAUUGACAAAAAGAAAAAGAAGUUGGCUAUCAAAGCCGACAGCGGACUCACUGCCGGAGGGAGUUUCCUCCCCGGUUAA